UCGAAGCCUCUCAAAUUUUCUUUACUUCCUUCUCCUUCACUUGUUCCACAUUAGCACAAGAAGCCAUCAAAAAACUAUUCUAUAGUUCCAAACCAGACUUGUCUUUUGGCUCAAUGGAAGGCAGAACAAGCUCUGAACUCCCCCCUGGCUUUAGGUUUCAUCCAACCGAUGAGGAACUAAUCGUUUAUUACCUUUGUAACCAAGCCACAUCAAAGCCAUGCCCUUCAUCUAUCAUCCUAGAAAUGGAUAUCUAUAAAUUUGAUCCAUGGGAAUUACCUGAUAAAUCAGAGUUUGGAGAGAAUGAAUGGUAUUUCUUUAGCCCCCGAGAAAGGAAGUACCCAAAUGGGGUAAGGCCUAAUCGAGCAACAGUGUCAGGGUAUUGGAAGGCUACUGGCACAGACAAGGCAAUCUAUAGUGGAUCUAAGCAUAUUGGGGUGAAGAAAUCUUUGGUCUUUUACAAGGGUAAGCCACCAAAGGGGUUCAAGACUGAUUGGAUUAUGCAUGAGUAUCGAUUGGUUGAAUCAAAAAUGCAAACUAGUAGGAAAAUUGGGUCCAUGAGGCUGGAUGACUGGGUCUUGUGCAGGAUCUAUAAGAAGAAGAACAUUGGAAAAGCAUUGGAGCAAAAAGUUGAGUACCCAAUAGUCCAAACUACUAAUCUCACUGCUGCAAAUAAUGAUGGUGAACAGAAAAUGAUGAACCUUCCAAGGACUUGUUCCCUCACUUAUCUUUUGGAUAUGGAUUACUCAGGUCCAAUUUUAUCUGAUGGAUCCUACUACUCAACCUUUGAUUUUCAAAUUAACACUGCCAAUAUUGGAGUAGACCCUUUUGUGAAACCUCAGCCAGUUGAAAUGACUAACCAUUAUGCAGCAGAUUCAGAAAAGUACCAAGUGAAACAGAGUAGCACCAUCAACCAGCCCAUGCUUGUGAAGCAAGUGCAUGAUCUGCUAGGAUAUGAGUAUGACCAACAAGAAACAACAAGAGCUUGGAUUGUCUAGACAUGACAUGAGCGUCAUUCAUAUAAUAAUCCUGAGGAUUCUUUCCUGAAGUGUGUCAAAUAUCUGCUAUAUCCCAAAAUGGAUUUUCAAUGUAUCAUUAAAUCUUUUUCACUAAUUGUACAAAAGGACAAGUGUGUUGGCUCUUAAUUAAAGUUCACACGUCUGGAAUUACCUUCGUUAUUUUUGAUACGGUUCAAGCUUUGAAUGCAUUUGAAGCUAAACUUGGUCACUCACUUA